AUGGACCGGAACAAGAGAAAAACAAAAGAUUUAGUGGAGCAAAAUCCAAUGGUAGAGGGGACUGAACCCCAGAAAUCUGAGGAGUCCGGGAAAAUAGAAACAUACCGGAUAACACUUCCUUCUUCCCUGAAGACGUUUACAGAUAUCCCAGAUAAGAAAAAGUCAGGUUUACAACACUGUUAUUCCCAGGGGAAGUCUUUUGGUUUGGGCCCUUUUGUUUUUCCUAGUUUACAGCGUUUCAACAACAUUAAGGCCUUCCUGUUUCUGAGCUGUUUAACGACCCUGCCUCAUGCUAUGAUGUUUGCUCUUGUUGAUCUGAAUUUAAAAGUGUAUGAAUCUCAAUUUUCUACAUCACCAUCAGAGACAUUCCUAAUGGACUUUAGUGAUUACUUUGCCGCUUUCUUGUUCUCAAUCGUUAUAGCAUACUUUGGAGGAAGAGGAAACAGGGCAAAGUGGGUGGCAGGUGCCAGCUUUAUGACAGGGCUUUCCGCAGUUGUUUUUGCUGUACCUUACUUUACUUUUGAAAUUAUAAAACUGAGUGUAGUAAAAGAGGAAUUGUGCGAGGAAGGAAAAAAAUCUAAAACUUGUGGGGGAUCCUUAAUACCGCACAAAUCAACAUGUAUCUAUCUCUUCACCUUCGGGCAGCUUCUCCAUGGAAUAGCAGGGGUGCCAAUUUAUAUGCUUUCCAUAAGCUUCAUUUUUGACCACGUUUCCACAAACUCAGCUGGAUUAUAUUUAGCUAUUGCAGAUGCUGCACUAACGGUGGGAUACAGUCUGGGUUUUGCAGGAGGAAUACGAAAUUUAAAGUUUCCUGUGAACGAAGUUAUGAAAGCAGUUGGACAUGUUCAGAAGUUUCGAAUAUUGCAGCGUGGUUGGUUGAGAUCUUUUAGUUUUGUUGCUGUAUUUGCAUUUUGUACAAGUUUACCCAUGUUAUGUUUUCCAUCUACUUUACCUGGUGCACACAAGAUAAGACUUGAGAAAAGUCAGGAACCUGCAAGCAUUGACAGGAGAAUUAAAAAUAAGACAAUCAAGCCUAAUUUGAAGAGUGUUCUUCUUGCUAUUUGGUAUCUACUGAGGAACCCAAUGGUGCUGACACAGUCAUUCUGCAAAGUUAUAGAGGCUAUGGCUUUUAAGGCAUCUUUACAUUUUUUGCCCCAAUAUUUACAAACCCGGUUUUUAAUAACACCGGCACGAGCCUCUUCACUCUCAGGUGCUGUUCUAAUUUCAGGCAGUUCAGUUGGCCGUUUUUGUGGAGGCUAUAUUGUUGACAGAUUGCAAAUGAAUAGUAAGAACAAGUUGAAAUUUAUAGCGAUAUCAUCUUCUGUGUCACUUUUGCUUUUCCUAUUAAUAUUUUUUGUGGAGUGUGAAACAGCAAAGUUUGCUGGAAUCAAUGAUGAUUAUGAUAGACUUGGUAUACUUGGAAACCUUACAGCUCCAUGCAAUGAGCACUGUGGUUGUACGACUGAUGAAUACCGUCCUGUAUGUGGAAGAGAUGAGACCCAAUAUUUCUCAUCAUGCUUUGCAGGGUGCAGAGCUUUUAAAAGCCUAAGGAAGGAAAAGACAUACUACAAUUGUUCUUGCAUUAAAGAAGGAUUGACAACUGCUGAUAUUGAUGGUCAAUAUAUUGAUGCUGUUUCUGGAACAUGUGAUACCAAAUGCCUUACAUUACCUUUGUUUUUUGCAUUUUACUUUACUGCAACCAUUUAUUCUAAUCUCUGUAGUAUACCAGCCUUCUUGAUUAUCAUGCAAAGUGUACCAACCAGUUGGACUUCAAUGAGCAUGGGUGUGGCAUUUACAAUUUGGAGAUUCGUUGGAGCUAUCAUUGGACCAUUAGGUUUAGAAGCAACAUCAGAUUUUACUUGCAAUUUCUGGAACAUUAAUGAAUGUGGAGAGAAAGUACGAUGUUGGAUCUACAAUGAGGGAAAUUUGGUCUACACAUUUAAGACAAUAUGGAUCAUGCUGCAAGUAUUGGCAUGCUUGCUUUGUCUUUAUGCAGUUUACAGACAUGAUUACGUGGUAAAAAAAAAGACUAAGAACCUGGCUAUAUCUGUAAAGAGUAAAAAACGAGAAACAGCAGACUGGAGAAUCUGUCAGGUUCUGUGUUCUAAGGACAGCAGUAUAUCCUUUGAAGAUUUCAUAAGAUGUGGCUGUGCAACAAUUUCAGAAGAGAAAAAUACCAUUAAAGAUGAUUUUGAACUCCUUACCCUCUGGCACUUUCUGUCCUGGGGUUUAUUGGCUUGGGCCACCCUCCCAGUCGUUGUGGUACGCAGGUCUGGUCUAAGCAUCAUGCACACUGUGCAAGCAUGCUUGGACCUGAAAUACAUUUCUAUCCCUCAUCCUUUGCUGUAUGCCUCCCGAAAAGGAGAACUUCUUGAGUAG